ACCACAACCGCUCUUCUCCCCCGUUUUACCCCUAAACGACACAGUCUGAGUUUUCAUCAACUCUCUCUCCUUUCUCUGUUUCGAUGCUUUUUCAGUUCUCACUGAUGAAUUGAAUUAUCUCUGUUUGUUGUUCGCUUCUAACGAACGCUUGCCUGCGAGAAUGGGGUGGGGAGAUAUUUACAAGAGACGGGUUAGAGUAUUUACAAUGGCCCUAAUAGUAUACCUAGAUUAUAAGGGUGUACAACAACGAGAGAAAUGGACUAGCAAAUCAAGACAAGCUGCAUUGUGGGAGAAGGCUCAUGAGCGUAAUGCUAAGCGUGUUCUAAAUUUGAUAAUAGAGAUGGAAGGCUUAUGGGUUAAACUUGGGCAAUAUAUGUCAACACGUGCAGAUGUGCUUCCUGCUGCUUAUAUACGCCUUUUGAAGCAAUUACAGGACUCUCUUCCUCCUAGACCCUUGGAAGAGGUCUAUGGCACCAUACAGAAAGAGUUGGGGAAAUCAAUGGAUGAGUUAUUUGCUGAUUUUGUCAACGAACCUCUAGCAACAGCAUCAAUAGCACAAGUCCACCGUGCAACUUUGCUCAAUGGACUUGAAGUGGUAGUUAAAGUUCAACAUGAUGGUAUCAAGACAAUUAUACUGGAGGACUUAAAAAAUGCGAAGUCAAUUGUCGACUGGAUUGCAUGGGCUGAGCCGCAAUAUAACUUUAAUCCUAUGAUCGAUGAAUGGUGCAAAGAAGCUCCUAAGGAACUUGACUUCAAUCAUGAAGCUGAAAACACUAGAACGGUGGCUAAAAAUCUUGGCUGCAGAAACCAAUAUGAUGGAAAUAUGAGUGCCAAUAGAGUGGACGUUUUAAUCCCAGAUGUAAUUCAGUCUACAGAGAAAGUCCUUGUUUUGGAGUACAUGGAUGGCAUUCGGUUGAAUGAUUUAGAAUCACUAGACGCUUAUGGAGUAGAUAAACAAAAGCUUGUUGAGGAGAUUACUCGUGCCUAUGCCCAUCAAAUAUAUGUUGAUGGAUUUUUCAACGGUGAUCCUCAUCCAGGAAAUUUUCUUGUGAGCAAGGAAUCUCCCCAUCGUCCUAUUUUACUUGACUUUGGCCUUACGAAGAAACUAUCAAGCACCAUUAAGCAAGCACUUGCAAAGAUGUUUUUGGCAUCUGCUGAGGGGGACCAUGUGGCCCUUCUGUCCGCCUUUGCAGAAAUGGGGCUUAAGUUGCGUCUGGACAUACCAGAGCAGGCAAUGGAAGUAACAACCGUAUUCUUUCGUGCAACAACACCAGCAAAUGAAUAUCAUAAAACAAUGAAAUCGCUAGCCGAUCAAAGGGACAGAAAUAUGAAGGUUAUACAGGAGAAAAUGAACCUUGACAAAAAAGAAAUGAAACGCUUUAAUCCUGUUGAUGCAUUUCCAGGUGAUAUUGUAAUAUUUGGAAGGGUUCUUAAUCUUCUAAGAGGGCUUUCUUCCACCAUGAAUGUACGAAUAGUAUAUAUGGACAUUAUGAGGCCAUUUGCUGAAUCAGUUUUGAGUGGGUACAUUAGUAAAGGACCAUCCCUAAAUGAUAGAUGGAUUUUUGAUUCACCCGUCCAUUCUGAUGUAGAAUCCAAGCUGAGGCAGCUUUUAAUCGAGAUGGGAAAUAAUGAUAAAAUACUCGGAAUCCAGGUAUGUGCCUACAAAGAUGGAGAGGCCAUUAUUGACACUGCUGCAGGAGUGCUUGGUAAAUAUGAUCCACGUCCGGUUCAGCCUGAUAGCCUUUUUCCUGUGUUCUCUGUUACGAAGGGUAUCACAGCAGGAAUGAUACAUUGGCUGGUUGACAAUGGACAACUAAACCUUGAAGAGAAUGUUGCAACUAUUUGGCCAGCAUUUCGAUCAAAUGGGAAGGAUGUCAUUAAGGUUCAUCAUGUGCUUAACCAUACAUCUGGUUUGCACAAUGCAAUGGGAGGCAUAGCUCAAGAAGACCCUCUUCUGAUGCUUGAUUGGGAUGGAUGUUUAAAUCGCAUUUGUCAGUCAAUACCUGAGACUGAACCAGGCAAGGAGCAGUUUUAUCAUUAUUUAUCAUUUGGCUGGUUGUGUGGAGGAAUCAUUGAGCAUGCAUCUGGCAAGAAAUUUCAGGAGAUUCUUGAAGAAGCAAUAGUUCGCCCCCUUCAUAUUGAAGGCGAGUUAUAUGUAGGGAUUCCACCAGGGGUGGAAUCACGUCUUGCGGCUCUGACUGUAGAUACUGCUGAAUUAAGCAAAAUCUCAGCACUCGCUAAUCGUGCUGACCUUCCCUCCACCUUCCAACCACAACAAAUUGCUCAACUUGCAACCACUUUACCUGUUGCUUUCAAUACACUGAAUGUUCGCCGUGCCAUCAUACCAGCAGCUAAUGGACAUGUAUCUGCCCGAGCACUUGCACGUUAUUAUGCAGCCCUAGCUGAUGGUGGCAAGAUACCACCACCUCAUUCUUCUGCUUCUAAGCCAGUACUUGGUAGCCAUCCCCAUAUUCCCAAAUUAUCUUCUUCCCAGAAACCCCCCAUAAAAAACCGGAAAUGUAUUGGACGGAGGACGCAAGCAACUUCACCUUCAGUUAGUACAACUAACAGUUACGAAAAAGUUUCUAGUCACGAAGAUUUUGAUGCUAAUGAGGGCAGAAAUACGAACAGUGAGAGUAGCAGUGGUGGUGAUGACAGUAGUAGCAGAAUUGGUAAUAAUCUGAGAACCCAUGUUGCUCGUAAGGUCUACAAGAAUCCUAGGAUUAUUGAUGAAUUCUUGGGUACAGGAGAGUACGAGAAUUUAGCUUUGCCAGGGGAAAGUUUUGGCCUAGGGUUUAAGAGGUUUAGUUCUAAGGAUGGGUCAUCCAUUGCCUUUGGUCACUCGGGAAUGGGUGGAUCCACGGGUUUUUGUGAUGUCACCAAUAACUUCUCUGUUGCUGUGACACUGAACAAAAUGUCCUUUGGAGGUGUCACUGGAAAAAUUGUCCAACUUGUGUGUUCAGAGUUAAAUAUUCCUGUUCCAGACGAUUUCUUGAGAUUUGCGGUUGAGCAAAGUGGACCAGAUGAGCAAUUAUCAAUGGGGAGGCCCAUUAUUAAUUGAGGGUGGAAGGUUCUUUUUAACCCUUUUCCACCAUAUUUUCAUGUAUAAUUUUGAAUUUUACCUAAAGCCUUGGUGAUUAUAUACGGGAAUCUUUGGAGCCUUUUUCUGUGCUCUUCUUGCACUUGGGAUAUCUUUGCGAUACUUACUAUGUAAUUAUGUACCCUCGAAGUUGCAAUUUUAAUAGUCAAAUUUAUCAAAUUCAAUAGUUUCUUUUA